UCCACGGAACAAGAUGGAGAGAAGAUAGUAGAGCGGAGCGCGGGGCUCGAGGGCAGGAUGGCUUUCCUGGACAACCCAACUAUUAUACUUGCUCAUAUUCGGCAGUCACACGUGACCAGUGAUGAUACAGGGAUGUGCGAAAUGGUCCUCAUAGAUCACGAUGUCGACCUAGAGAAGUUUAAUCCCUCAUCAACAUAUGGGGACAGUUCAGAAACACAGGGAAGCAAUGGUGAGACUCAGGGCUAUGUAUACUCCCAAUCAGUCGAUAUUACCUCAAGCUGGGACUUUGGAAUUAGAAGACGAUCAAACACAGCUCAGAGACUAGAACGUCUGCGGAAAGAGAGACAAAAUCAAAUAAAAUGCAAAAAUGUUCAGUGGAAAGACAGAAAUACUUCUUACUCAGCAGAGGAGCUGAGCUCACUAUUUGAAAAAAAGAACUUCAGAGUAAAAUCUCCGUGUUCUGGGAAGCCGUCGAUACUGUCUGUGCGCCUCGAACAGUGUCCACUGCAGCUGAAUAACCCUUUCAAUGAGUACUCCAAAUUUGAUGGCAAGGGUCAUGUUGGUACAACUGCAACCAAAAAAAUUGAUGUCUACCUCCCCCUGCACACAAGCCAAGACAAACUGCAGCCUAUGACAGUCGUGACGAUGGCAAACGCCAAGGUGCAUGACCUGAUUGGACUAAUAUGCUGGCAAUAUACAAGUGAGGGACGGGAACCAAAGCUAAAUGACAACGUCAAUGCCUACUGUCUCCAUAUUGCUGAGGAUGACGGUGAGGUCGACACAGAUUUUCCACCCUUGGAUUCCAAUGAGCCCAUUCACAAGUUUGGCUUCAGCACUCUGGCACUGGUUGAAAAGUACUCGUCCCCGGGGCUGGCCGCGAAACAGUCGCUCUUUGUUCGCAUAAAUGCUGCUCAUGGAUUCUCACUUAUUCAGGUGGACAGUAUGAAGGUCACCAUGAAGGAUAUCUUACAAAAGGCCUUAAAGAGAAGGAAAGGAUCACAAAGAGGCUCAGGUCCUCAGUAUCGGCUGGAGAAGCAGAGUGAACCUAAUGUCCCCGUAGAUUUAGACUGUACCUUGGAGAGCCAGAGCACUUUGGAAUUCUGCCUUGUCCGAGAGAACAGUUCAAGAGGAGAAGAGAUCUCGGAGGAGGACCCUCAAAUCGAUAUUGCCACGGUCCAGGAUAUGCUCAGUAGCCACCAUUACAAGUCCUUCAAAGUCAGCAUGAUCCAUAGGUUUCGAUUCACCACUGAUGUUCAGUUAGGUAUUUCUGGAGACAAGGUAGAGAUAGACCCCGUUACUAAUCAGAAGGCCAGCACUAAGUUUUGGAUUAAGCAGAAACCCAUUUCAAUCGAUUCUGAACUCCUCUGUGCCUGUGACCUUGCGGAAGAAAAAAGCCCAAGUCAUGCAAUAUUUAAACUUACAUAUCUAAGCAAUCACGACUACAAACACCUUUACUUUGAAUCCGAUGCUGCUACUGUUAAUGAGAUAGUCCUGAAGGUGAACUACAUCCUGGAGUCGCGAGCAAGCACAGCCCGAGCAGAGUAUUUUGCUCAGAAACAAAGAAAACUGAGCAGGAGAACAAGCUUCAGCUUCCAGAAGGAGAAGAAAUCGGGACAGCAGUAGCGUCUCGCCUGGAGGAGACCUGCCUGCCGCGCUCGGAGCAGGAGGAGCUCCCGACAGCCGGAGACAGGUGGGAGCGAGAACUGCGGCGCUCCUGAUGCCAACAGGCAGGAGCAGCCAGGGAAGAAAAUCCGUAUUAUCCAGUCUCUCACGGUUGGCAGAUUAUCCCUCUUUGGUGAUGGGAAGUCUCCCCUGUGACAAAAAUAAAGAGCCAUAUCAGCCGGAAAGAAGACUGUUACGCUUCAGGUUCCUUUGAUUAGAAAUAAGAGAAUGACGUAGACGGGCAUCAUUUAAUUACUGUAUUAUGUACAAUCACAAGAAGAGAUGUGAUUACAUAUUAUUUCACAGCCUGGUUAAAAUGAAUUAUAUACAUCUGUAAUACACCCACGUACACGCAGGUAUUGCUUGUGACAUGAUCAGAUUUCUAAAAGCAAAAUGUAGGACAAAUGUAUCCAUUUUUACUGUUAAUAAACAGAUGUAAUCUUUCUGGAGGUCCAUACGCUGCACAGUUCUUGGGGGGAGGCUGCAGCCCCAGAUG